UUUCAUAUCUCACAUGCCACAUCUUACAUACAAUCCACGCAUUAAACCACAUUCUGUUACCUCAAUUGUCAACCCGGCUCCUUAGUCUCAUUUUUAUUUCACAAAUCUCGGAUUAAAAGUUAAGCGAGUGCGGUCCGGUUCUAUCAAGUCCGAUCUAGGUAUCUAUCUGCACCCCGCCUCAAGCCCAACGCAUCCGAUAUCACUUCAAUACCUUUGUUAUUCGACCACUACUACCUUACCAAAGUACCUAAUUAGGCAUUUAGUAAACAGGAUAUUGUGCAACCUUCCCAUUUUAGACAGGUUUCGCCAAUCAGAGCGGUUCUGCCUAAGUACAGAGGUUCUCAAGGGCCCAAAAAGAAGCGUAAAUAAGAUAAAAGGAAGGAAGGAAAUAGUCAUGUCGGACACUCCUCCGGAUUCCCCCGUUCGGCAGGGCAAGCAGCCCGUUAAGCCCGUUAACGACGGUCGGGAAGAUGCGGAUUCGGACCCGUUCAAAAACGCAAGACCCACGCUCGGGCUCGGAAAGCUGAUGUCGACGUUCUCAGCGGGUAAUUUGCACAACUUCCACGGUGACAAAGUCGAGGAACGGGAAAACGCAGUGGAUGACUCUGAGGACAUGCCAGAUCAUGAUGCGAAAGAGGCAAAGGGAACCGGCAACUACGGACGGCGGUCGCAGCUGCAUAGUAGGGGUAAUGAACUUGAACCUAUGAUGCGACGCAUAAAAGAGAAAUUUCCGCUCCCCUUUCAUCCUAACAUCCGCCCAUUGACCGUGUCGGACCUCGAGAGCUGCGUUGCCUUAGAGGAUGCGGCGUUUGAGAAUCCGGCACAUCGGUGCUCAAGAGAGAAGUUCGAAUAUCGCCUCUCCGUGUGUCCGGAGUUGUGCCUCGGACUCUUCUGCACUAUCGUCCCCGACAAGGCCCGCGAAGCGGGCUACGAGAUCAGCACCCUUCCCGUAGCGCAUCCGGUUGAGACGGGACGAAGUGAUGGGGCAAAGAGUGUCCUGGUAGCGCAUAUCAUUGCGACGAGAUCCCAUGCAAAGACCGUAACAGAUGAGGCUAUGGACUACCCCCGCGACUUCCGAACGAAUAAACGGAAUGUGCUUCCCAUAGGCCAUCAGGAGGAUGGUCAGACUAUCUGCAUUCAUUCGCUCGCCAUUCAUCCCAAACUUCAUGGAUGCCACUUGGGAAAGCUGAUCAUGCUAGCCUACCUGCAGCGGAUCAAGAGCGCAGACAUGGCCAAGUACUGCGCGCUUAUUUGUGAGGAUUUUCUGGUCCCGUUUUACAAGAGAUUCGAAUUCCGCCACCUAGGGCCAAGCGAAGCCCAGUUCGGCGGCGGGGGUUGGAAUGAUAUGACGGUUGCCAUUAAUGAGCUGCCUAUUUACGGAGGUAAAGGGUGGCAGAGACCAAAAUAGACAGAGAAGCUAAAUCUUUUCUGAUGGAUUAAUGAGAACGACUAGACUUGACGGAGGUUUCGAUGUGAGCGAGGGCAUGACGUGGCGACCUUUAACGGCCAUAUCCAACGGUAGAGUUUGGAGUUCAUGCGGACGACAAGAUGGGAUUAGCAUUGCGCGUUUACUUCUCUGCGUAAGCAAUAAUUUGCGAGUGAAGAUACCCAAUCAUAAGAGGGCGACCGGGAAAAGGAGGCCGGCAUUUCGGUUCAUCAUCAUUAGACGGAGAUGGACUAAGGGGACGUGCUUGCGAUGAUUAUAUGACUUCUGAUUUCUUCAUAUGGCAAAAAUACGGGAAUAGAACCGGCGGAAAGGGGACGGGGGACUGGGGAUAUGAAAACACGGAUUGCAUGGCAUCAUCUUCUUCCCUCUGAUAGACCUUGCUAGAUACUGCGAGACACGAAAUAGCUAGCGCAUAAUUCAUUUUCCUAACCAUA